AUGACGGUCUGCAAAACUGCCGAAGAAAACGAGAUGCAUACUGCUGGUGAUAAAGAUAAUAGAGGUGCAAUGGGGAAAAGAAUAAUCCAUGUGUGUAUAUGUAAGCUUUUCUACAAUCUACUUUCUAAACCUAAUUAUAUAAAAAAUCAUGUCAAUCGCACUAAUCAAAGCAAGAACAACAACCCUAAACUCUUGUGUUUCUUUAAUGGUAAUCCCCCUAAGAUUUAUUCUGCACCUAUAGAUUAUGCUUCAAUUUCAUCGUCAUCUUCAUCCUCUUUAUCAUGUAAAUUUGAUAGAGCUGUUCUGAUAAAUUACCCAUUUGAAUCCAAAAAAACUUAUCGGCACAACUUUUUGGGUUCAUGUAAUGGAAUAAUUUGCUUAAAGAUUCGUAGUCAUGAUGCUGGAGAAGAAGGGUUGACGGCUGAUUAUUUCUAUGUUAUUUUGAACCUGCUAACAAGAGAAUACAAGAGUUUUAAAGAACCCCAAUCUGUUGUUGAGCUUAAAAGUCGUGGUUACAAAGUCACCUACGGAUUUGGUUAUGAUAAAAACAUUGAUGACUACAAACUAGUAAUAAUAUUUGAUUUUAAAGAAGGUGGAUGGUUCAGAUUUUAUGUUUACACUGUGAAAUCAGAUUCAUGGAAUAUUGUUCAGCGCAACUUCAAUUACUCAUUUGGUGUUCUCUGUGAAGAAGUAUCUCAAUAUUAUAGUGCUGGUAAAGGAUAUCAUGGUGUAUUUUUCAAAGAAGCUCUUCAUUGGUUGGGAAGUAUUGUCACCGAAAAAAACUCGUCCCAUGUUAUUGUCACUUUUAAUAUGAGCACUGAGACAAUGGUGGAUAUGCCAUUGCCUGAAAACGGGAUGCCACCUAUAGAUUUUCAAGGGGAAAUGUACUCAAAUUUGGGAGUGUGGGGAGACUGCAUUUGUAUAGCUUGUAUUUGGGGAUCAGUUAAAAUUGAUGUGUGGGUGAUGCACGAGUAUGGAGUAAAAGAAUCUUGGAAUAAAAAGUAUACCACUACCACAACCCAAGUACACGGGCCAUGUAUUCCAUAUUGGCAGCUGCUAUGGUGUUUUGACAAUGGAGAAAUUCUAGUAGAAAACUGUCGCAGGCAUUUGCUUUUAUAUCAUCCAGCAAAUGAAAGCGUUAGAUCAGUUGUGGUUCGUGAUAUUACUAUGAAAAAUAAUCGAGAGAGCUAUGUGGAGAGCAUAGUCUCACUAAACUCUGGUACUUAUCUAAAGAAACGAAUUACAGAUGGGAUCAUGAAGAAUUCCAAUCGAAUAUAGUUAAGAUGAAUAGGUAAUGUCGGAGAGAAGGCUCUGAGAUAUCUUUAUAACAGACACCACAACAAUGAAUGCCAGUAACUUUACACCGAAUCUUUUCUUGUUUGAGCAAUGGUCCAUAAAGGUUUUUGCCAGUGAAGAAGUUUACCGUAUUUUGGAGUUUCAAAAUGCUACCGUGUGAAGCUGCAAAUAGCCUGAUCUUCACCUAGUUCAGUACGUUAUAUAUUAGACUAGUUUGAAUUUCCUUUUCUGUGUUAUGUGACCUUGUGUAGUUGCUUUGAGUCUGGAGACAGCCUACUUAGUAGUUAAACCGAACCUUUAAAUAUGUAUAUGUUGUUGAAGCUGAUAUUCCUGUUGGGAAAACUUUAAUAGGUACCUAAGUGAUUAGAUGAUGGUGUCUUUUUUGUGUUUCUCUUAAUCCAAUAGAUAUUCGUAGUGUUGGCUAGUUGA